AACAGCUCCAUGCACUGCUCUAUUCUCACUCUUUGAACCCUUCUCAACACGUUUUCUGUCUCUCUCUCUCUCUUGUUCUUGUUCUCUCUCUUGCUCUCCCUCUCUCUCGCUCUCUCUCUCUCUGUCUCUCGCUCUCACUCUCUCGCUGUCUCUCACUCUCUCUCUGUCUCUCGCUCUCUCGCUCUCUCUCUCUCUUCCUUUCUUUCUUUUUUCUUCUCUCUCUCUCCCUCACUCUCUCUCUCUCUCUAUCUCUCUCUUUCUCCCUCUCUCUCUCUCUCUCUCUCUCUCUCUCUCUCUCUCUCUCUCUCGCUCUCUCUCUCUCUCUCUCUCUCUCUCUCUCUCUCUCUCUCUCUCUCUCUCUCUCUCUCUCUCUCUCUCUCUCUCUCUCUCUCUCCAGGACAGUGAAAGUGGACGUGUUUGAUUGGGACAGAGAUGGAAGCCAUGACUUCAUCGGGGAGUUCACCACCAGCUACCGAGAGCUGUCAAGGGGUCAGAGCCAGUUCAACGUGUACGAGGUUCUGAAUCCAAAGAAGAAAGGAAAGAAGAAGAAAUACGUGAACUCAGGGACGGUGACCUUGCUGUCUUUCAAAGUGGAGUCAGAAUACACCUUUGUGGAUUUCAUCCGAGGAGGGACGCAACUCAAUUUCACCGUGGCCAUCGACUUCACAGCGUCCAACGGGAACCCCUCUCAGCCCACCUCGCUGCACUACAUGAGCCCGUACCAGAUGAACGCGUACGCUAUGGCCCUGAAGGCGGUGGGGGACAUCAUCCAGGACUACGACAGCGACAAGCUCUUCCCAGCCUAUGGCUUCGGGGCCAAGCUGCCCCCAGACGGAAAGAUCUCCCACGCCUUCCCCCUGAACUCCAACACGGAUGACCCCAACUGCGUGGCCAUCGAGGGCGUGCUGGAGGCCUACUUCCAGAGCCUGCGCAGUGUCCAGCUCUACGGACCCACCAACUUCGCCCCCGUCAUCAACCAGGUGGCCAGGUGUGCUGCCGACAUGACGGACGGCUCCCAGUACUUCGUGCUGCUGAUGAUCACGGACGGCGUGAUCUCGGACAUGGACCAGACCAAGGAAGCGGUGGUCAAUGCAGCCGGUCUACCGAUGUCCAUCAUCAUCGUGGGAGUGGGCCCUGCAGAAUUUGACGCCAUGGAGGAGCUGGACGGGGACGAGGUUAGAGUGUCCUCCAGGGGGCGCUCUGCUGAGAGAGACAUCGUCCAGUUCGUGCCAUUCCGGGACUACAUCGACCGCUCCGGUAACCAGGUGCUGAGCAUGGCGCGGCUGGCUAAAGAUGUGCUGGCAGAGAUCCCCGACCAGCUGCUCUCCUUCAUGAGGAGCCGGGCCAUCGAACCACGGCCUGCCGUUCCAGCCAGCGGCCCCAGUCCCACAGCACAGCCACCACCACCUCCACCAGCAUCAGCAGCAUCGCUAAAGGAAGAAACACACACGCCUGAAAUACACCUGUGGAUGAUCGUGUGUGUGUGUGAUUGGGUGUGUGUGUGUGUGUGUGUGUGUGUGUGUGUGUGUGUGUGUGUGUGUGUGUGUGUGUGUGUGUGUGUGUGUGUGUGUGUGUGUGUGUGUGUGUGUGUGUAUGUGUCUGUGCAUGCUUGUGUGUGUGGGUGUGUGUGCGCAUGAGAUAGUGUCUGUGUGCGUUUGUGCUUGUGUGGGUGUGUGUGCCUGAGAUAGUGUCUGUGUGCGUCUUUGUGAGUGUGUGUUUGUGUGUAUGUGUGGGUCUGUGUGUGUGCGCAUGAGAUAGUGUGUGUCUGUGUGUGUGUUUGAGUGUUUGUGCAUGCGUGAAUACAUGUGUGUGUGUGCUUGCGUCAGUAUGUGUGUGUCUGAACUUCCGUCUUUAGGGGUUAAGAAUAUUUGCCUGGGUGGAGAAUUAAGUCCCUGAAGAGUGGAGGUAAACAUGGAGAAUCAAACACGGUCUGGUGGGCAAUUUCUUCUAUUGAGCUCUUUCUAGAACACUUUGUCGGGCCGGAGCUCCCUUGGACUUUGGACUGAACAGCCAGGAUCCCUUUGGCACGACCAUUGCCAAAGGGCCACUGUGGUGCCAAACGUUUGUUCGCAAACAUGAAUUAGUAAAAUACUUUUAAGGAAGAUGGAUGAAAACUGGCGUUUUCCCCCGUUGCAAUGGUCAGCAUGAUUGACAGGCUGAUCAGAAGACAGAACCAGGGUAGGGGCGACAGCUGGCCCUACUAAACAAUGACCUGACGCCUGCAGUGGUGCAUGAAGCAGAGUGGGUUGUCUUUCUCCACCGGUCAAAAGCAAAGAGUUCCCACGCUGUUGGCCCCUCUCUGGUGUGUUGGUGGCGGUGAGCUUCAUGUUUGUACAUUCUGUUGAGGUAGCAGGGAUGCGAUUUGUCUUAAACAUAUUGGGAGACUUCAUAGGGCGGGGUGAUUCGAUUUUUCCUCAGGGACCGAUUUGAAGACAUCCACACAUUGCUCAUAGGAAAAGGACCUAAAUGUGAAAAUGCGGAACGAAAACGUUGCCCUAGAUCUGCCAGUCUACGCUGUAAAUGAACGUGUUCUUUUGAACGACUUCACUUGGUCUUUCAUGUAAUUGGGCUCUUUUUCAACUCUCAAACUGCCACUGUACAGAAUCCUCACAAAGACUGUCUCUAUAUAUAACAAGUUAUUUUUCAAAAAAUUUCCUUUCCAGUUUUCUCCAAACUGUUUUAUGUAUGCACCAUUUUGGUAUUUGUUUUAACUUCUUUGUGAAGCCGGUCAUGGCGGUGUGUUUCUCUCCAAGUCGCUAGCUAAAGAUAGUUUAGUCUGAGCCGGUUUAGAAUCUGAAUGGCUGGUCAAUGCACAACUCAGCGACCAGACACACUUAGCACAGCAUGUAGCAGAGGAAGUGUGGUCAAGCUCCCUGUCCCACAGAGAACCAGGUAGAUGUUAUUGUGUUGGUCAAUCUGUUCGGAUGAAGGUGCAAACAAAGUCCCCCCACAUUGUUUUGCAUAGUUUUCCCCACUUGCCCCAGAUAUUUUGACAUAUUGAUUUGAGUUUAGUUGUUAACUCUGAACAGUCAUGUGACGCAACCAUAGAUACUAGUUGAUACGUUCAUGAGGCAUGACUGCAUUUAUGUUGCAUUUGUGCGCCUUUGAUUUCUCCAGAGCUGAUGUAAACGGCCGUAUCCUGAACAUGGGUUUGUUGUUUUGUCUUAUUUUUUACUCAACUGCUUCUACUUGUUUUCUUUCCCUCUCUCCACUUGGUUUUCCAAUCACACAGGCCUGUGGAAAGACAGAAAUCUACAAAUGACUGCAGAGUUAGUAUUAACAAUAUUUACAGAGUAAAACAAAGGGGUGGAGAGAACCCCAUCAUUUAUGCAUUAAAGCGGCAGUGUGUAGACUUCAUUUACUUUGCAGAAAUUAAAUACAAUAUAAUAAAGUAUGUUUUAAGUAUAAUAAUAAUCAAGGCCCUAAUAAUCCAAAUGUUCAAAGUGUAUAAUAAUCCAAAUUGUUUUGUUUGCGUUACCUAGAAAUGAGCCCUUUGUACCUACAUGGGGGUACAGUAACCCAGAGCGGACAAACAGCUCCAGAGACCGUUUUAAAUUGUAAUCGCUAUCUUACUUGUUAGCGAUGACCUAAAGUUUUAGAGACUAAAUAACUAAAUACAAUUUAUAAAUGGAUCACUGUCACUAGAGAUCAUUUUGGAACUAUCUACUGGCACCUUACCGUGCAGGCCACCAUAGUACCUCCGACUGGUUUAAAGGGAGGGGGUCUGAGAUGCCAAUAGAUCCUACACACUGCCCCUUUAACGCUCACAUUGAAACUGCCAUCUUGUGUUACAGUAAGGUGAAGAUUAUUUUUUUUUAUUGUUCUUGGAAGGUAGGGUCAGUGUGUACUGUAUCAGAAAGGACUUGGACAUGUGGCCUUAUUUCCGUCAUAAACCCAAAAGUGUGUGCACGAAGGUAUUCUAUUUUUAUAUGACCACUCAAUGCAAGGAUAUUCUUGUAAUGUUGCAUGCUUAGCUGCUGGCCCUGCUGCUCGAAGGUUUGUUUAUAAAGACAUAUAUCUAAUCCUACUAGAAAACACUUUGACAUUCCUAAAUGUUUGUGCUCUGUGAGGGUGCGUCUUUCUUUCUAAUGAGGCAGUCUUCUAAAAGUUCUUUAGUUACAUCUGAAUGACAGCAGACUACAUUAUUAUCUCCCACCGGUAGGAUAUGUAGAGAUGGUAGCUUCUCAAGUCUUUAAUCCUGUGUUUCCACAGAUUUUCCCACCAUGGCCCAUGCAUGAAUACGUUGUGUGGUCAGAACGUCGUCCUCAGCCACACCACAUGUUAAGAUCUCUUUGGAUGAAGCAUGUUGUGCUUUGUAUACAUCUGGUAUAUAAGGUAAAAACCGUCAAGACCAAUAAUAUAAUGCUGCGGAUCACUUUUCCAUCCUAGUGCGGUAUAUGUGAAAACGUUCAAGUAGAAAUGUGCAAUUGUAAAUACAUUUCGUGUAGUAGUAUUUUGUGAAUAGUCUUCCUAGUUUUUUCCCCGAUGGUAACUCCUAACAUGCGUUAUUUUAGUCUCCAUUAGCGACAGCUAUGGAUGGAUUUGUAUGUACUACAACAAUUGCUUAGGAAUCAAAUAAAUAUGUGAAAAAUGUGAA